AUGGAAACUUCCAAGGCACACAGCUCAGAAAGCAUGUCCAAGGACCUGUCAGAGCUCAUGAAGGAAGCCACCAAGGAGGUGCACGAGCAGGCAGAGAACACACCGUUCAUGAAGAAUUUCCAGAAGGGGCAAGUGUCACUCCAGGAGUUUAAGCUGGUAACAGCAUCCUUGUACUUCAUCUACUCUGCCCUGGAGGAGGAGAUCGAGCGUAACAAGGAGAACCCCGUUUACGCCCCGGUGUACUUCCCAGCAGAGCUGCACCGCAGAGCAGCCCUGGAGCAGGACCUGAGCUACUUCUAUGGCAGCAACUGGAGGGAGGAGAUCCCGUGUCCCGAGGCUACCCAGAAAUACGUUGAGAGGCUCCACUACGUAGGCAAGAACCACCCAGAGCUGCUGGUGGCCCAUGCCUACACUCGGUAUCUGGGAGACCUCUCUGGGGGGCAGGUGCUGAAGAAAAUUGCCCAAAAGGCCCUCCAGCUUCCCAGCACUGGGGAAGGGCUGGCUUUCUUCACCUUUGAUGGGGUCUCCAACGCCACCAAGUUCAAGCAGCUCUAUCGCUCCCGCAUGAACGCCCUCGAGAUGGAUCUCGCCACCAAGAAAAGAGUCUUGGAGGAAGCCAAGAAAGCAUUCCUGACAAGUGUUCCCUCUCCUCAGGUGUUUGAGGCGCUGCAGGAGCUGGUGUCCAAGGGCCAGGAGAACGGUCACCCCGUGCAGCUGAAGGCAGAGCUUCGCCCAAGGAAUGCUAACAAACUGCAUGAACAUGGUGCAGCACCUGGGAAAGAAAGGGAGAGGACAAACAGGAGACACACAGACAUGAUGCCCAGCACUCCCCUGGUGCGGUGGAUCCUGGCGCUCAGCUUCCUAGCCAUGACAGUUGCCGUGGGCUUAUUUGCCAUGUGAAAGAGCAGGACCUUCACGUUCUCUUCGUGCCUUCCCUCACUUUGAACUAAUCCACCUUCCCCAGUCCUUGCGAGAGAAAUUCGCUUCGACUGGGUACUGUGAUCUUGGCUCUGCCACUAAUAUUAAGGAGACUUUUCUCCCCAGAAAUCAAAGAGUGCUGUAAAAGGGUUCAGGCAAAGUCUCUCCCAUGCUUGGUGUGAGCUCUUCUCAGAGACUAACUUUAGCACCAAAAACCAAGGGUAUAAAAGGCUAAAAACAAUGGCCAAGAAUUGUUGCUGCUUUACAGAGUACCUGCAAAAACCCUACAGGAUCAGAAACACAGCUUUGACUUCUGUCUCUCAGAAAUAUGAAGCACCCCAGAGCUCUGUUUGCUCAGUUUUUGAUACUGUUAGAUAAUACUGUGAUCACUUUUUCUGUGGAGCCACACGGCUCCUGUGGGUUAUAGACUGUUUUGUAUGACACUAGUAGGUCUUUGUUCAUUCUUUUUCCAAUCAUUUUUGUUUUUUAAAAAGCACAAGACAGUUGUUGAAGAUACAGUGUCAUUCAGGUCUGGUUAUGUAAUUUAUACAUGUAAUAAACUUCAAUGUAAGGUC